GAGCUGAAUGCAGGGCUCUCUGUCAGAUGGAAGGAGGUAUAUGAAUUGGUGAUUUCGAUUCCAGACAAAAUAAUAAUCAAGAAGUGUCUGGAAAAAAAAGUCAGCACCUUCAAAUGUCAGCAUCCAGCUUGAUAGAAGAGUCAGAGAGCCGUAUCCAUAGCUCUGAAAAUGUUUUAAUGCAUGAGCUCAGGAUCCAGCAUGCCGGACUGUAAAGUGAAUCAAUUUUUUUGAAAAUACGUUCUGUGGCUGAGCUACAGAGGAACUGUUCCACAAUAUGUCAUAGAGUCCAGCUUCAGAGAAUGGAGAGAAGGGGAGAGAGACAGGAACAACAAGGAUGAGUCAAAGUGUUUGCUGCAAGUUUAUCCAAAGGGUGUUGAAAAUAUAAUUCAUUUUUAAGAUCUUCCUCCCAUUGGAGUUUGCUGAUACUGAGAAUUAACUCUGGAGAUGGCUGAACAAAUUCUGGGUUUCCUUGUACUUUAUAGCACUCUCCUGAUAGUUCUUCUCUCCAAGACCUGCCUGACUGUUCAUGGUUUUUCAAAGAAGCAUGCCCGACCAGCUCCAACAGAUGGGAAAGACAACAUCACCAUCUUCACUCGGAUCCUAGACCGCCUGUUGGAUGGGUAUGACAACAGGCUGCGGCCCGGCCUUGGAGAAAGUGUGACGGAAGUGAAAACGGACAUCUACGUCACAAGCUUUGGUCCAGUGUCUGACACAGACAUGGAGUAUACCGUCGAUGUGUUUUUCCGUCAGAGCUGGAGAGAUGAACGGCUCAAAUUUAAAGGGCCUAUGCGCAUUUUGCCACUGAACAACCUCCUGGCCAGCAAGAUCUGGACUCCAGACACCUUCUUUCACAAUGGGAAGAAGUCAGUGGCACAUAACAUGACCACUCCAAACAAGUUGUUGAGGCUGGUGGACAAUGGUACCUUGCUCUACACCAUGCGACUAACGAUAAACGCGGAAUGUCCGAUGCACCUGGAGGACUUCCCCAUGGACGCACACGCUUGCCCGUUGAAAUUUGGCAGCUAUGCCUACACCAACUCGGAGGUGAUGUACGUGUGGACUCACGGACAGGGCAACUCAGUAGUGGUGGCCGAGGAUGGAUCACGAUUGAACCAGUAUGAUCUGUUAGGGCAGACAGUUGGGACAGAGAUCAUCCGGUCAAACACAGGUGAAUACAUCGUCAUGACCACACACUUCCACCUAAAAAGGAAGAUUGGUUACUUUGUGAUUCAGACCUACCUGCCCUGCAUCAUGACUGUGAUACUCUCGCAGGUCUCCUUCUGGCUGAACAGGGAGUCGGUCCCUGCACGCACUGUCUUUGGGGUCACCACAGUACUGACAAUGACCACACUGAGCAUCAGUGCCAGAAACUCCUUACCGAAGGUUGCCUACGCGACCGCCAUGGACUGGUUCAUUGCUGUGUGCUACGCGUUUGUGUUCUCAGCACUGAUCGAGUUUGCUACUGUGAACUACUUCACCAAGAGGAGCUGGCCUUGGGAUGGAAGGAAAGCCAUGGAAGCACAGGAGCUGAAGAAAAGAGAGCCGGUAACUCUAGCGAAGAAAACCAACAACACAUACAAUAUUGUGGGGACAACCUACACUCUGAACAUCACCAAGGAUCCUGGGCUAGCCACCAUAGCAAAGAGUGCAGGGGCUCACGCCAAGCUGGGCAAGGUCGAGGAGAAGCUACUUGAGAGCAAGAAGUCUUACAACAGUGUCAGCAAGGUUGACAAAAUGUCCCGGAUCAUCUUCCCUGUUCUCUUUGUAAUCUUCAACUUGGUUUACUGGGCCACAUAUGUCAACAGGGAGCCGAUAAUUAAAGGCACGAUUCCCCAGAAAUAGACUCCACUCUCAGCUUGUUCUCAGGUGGUUUCUUUUUAAGUGGUUUCUGAAGAAAGCAGUGUAAUGUGUUUGAAAGGACGUGCCUGUUCAUUGUUUGACUUAAUGAAGUUGUAUUUAACUGUUUGCAUGCCACAUAACUGGAGGUGUGUUCAUACGAGGCUGGGUACCUUGAUAAUCGAGAGGUUGUAUCUGCCACUUGUCUUUGUGUCUUCACUGGCUGAGGACAUCUCUCACACUCACUUUCAUACUUGGUGCAGAUGGUUUCACCCUCAUGCUCCCUCAGCACCUCCCUCACUCCUGCUUCUAAAAUUGCUGACAGCAUCUCUCUCAGACUUGGUUCACACGUGAUUCCACACUUUGGCAUUGACCGCAUCCUCUUACUUUCCACUCACUUGGGAGUUCCCGUUCUCAUCACUGAAGGCAACUCCCUUAUGUAAGCAUUGGUGCUUAAUGACCUCACUCUCUCGGGCUCUCUCCUUCCCAUUUGUCCCCAUCACAGUCUCUGACUGAUUCUGCCUUCCACUUACAGUGUCCAGUGAUAUAUGGCCAUAAGCACAGAAGCAAGACCUUCAGCCCACUGUCCAGAUUGACCAUCAUCCAUCCAUUUACACUAAACUGACACCACUUUACUUUCCCCAUGUCCCCAUGAACUGCCGGCAGGUUCUGCCACUCACCAAAACAGCAGCAGUACAGCAACCAGUUGACACACCAAACCACACCCAUUUGAGAUGUGAAAGGAAACUGGGGCACCCAGGCGAAAUCCAUGCAGUCACAGGAUAAACGUGAAAACUCCACAUAGAAAGCACGCCAGGUCAGUCAUGGAUCUUUCAGGCAGCAGCUCCACUAGCCAUGCCUCUGAGAUUUCCUAAAGUAGACCUUGCAGUCCUUCAUGUACCAGCACUAAGUAAGAUGAUGGCAGUUCAUCCCGUUCCUCUAAUUCUAAAACUCUGUUGGUCUCAAUGUGUCUAUUCUCCACAGCUGAGCAUCUGUACCCUCUGAUUUGGAGAACUACAAAUACUUCCACACCUUUAAAUGCAGAGAAUUUGGUGUGUUGCAUUCCUGAUAGACCUAACCUUUAUGCUGAGAUAUUGCUCACUAAUGCCAGACACUUUAAUCUCCUAAACACGAGAAGAUCUGCAGAUACUGGAAAUCCAAAGCAACAGACACAAAAUGCUGGAGGAACUCUGCAGGCCAGGCAGCCUCUAGGGAAAUAAGUAAGCAGUCAACGUUUUGGGCAGAGACCCUUCAUCAGGACUGAGAGGGAAGGGGCGAGUUGCCCGAAUUAGAAGGUGGGGGGGGAGAGGGGAAAGAGGCUAGCUGGAAGGUGACAGGUGGGUAGGAAAAGUCAAGGGCUGGAGAAGAAAGAAUCUGAUAGGAGAGAGAGUGGACGACAGGAGGACGAGAGGGAGGAGGGGACACGGGGGAAGUAAUAAGCUGGUGAGAAGAAGUAAAAGGUGCAAUGUCGAUGUAAGCUUUUGGCAUGGCUCCUUACGCUCUCCUGAACUUGACGUUCAUAAAAUAUAGUCAGCUGCUCUCAUGCUUCUCACCUGCAGCAUUCUGGUCUCAUUUGUCACAGCAACACCUUCCCCACCAUCUCUCAGCCACCAGCAGCCAACACUUGUGUUACUCAUUCUCUCCCAGUCUCCGCCCAUAACACAGACCUCUUCUUUUGUCCUCUCCACGCCUCCUCCCUUUCUCUGCAAAAUCAGUAUGAAUUUCUUCCAAUUCUCACGAAGGGUCAUUAACCUGUAGUGUUGACUCUGCCUCUCUCCUGAGAUGCCUUUUGCCCCACUGAACAUUUCCUGCAGUUUUUUAAACUUUGAAUUCCCAGUAUCUGAGAUGUUUUACUUCGAUAUCGUUGUUUUUUUGUAUUAUUUUUCACUAAUCUAACCUCUCAUUUUCCCACCAUAUACAUAGUCUCCUGCCUUUUCACUCUCUUGUGUAACCCACGUAUAAUCACCUUGUAUGCCUGACUAAAAGUUACAACAUACUAUCAGCAAACUCAGUGCAGACUCUCCAAGUCAAAAUCUUUGACUAACUGAGGGACUUGUGCUGAUCUCUGUCAUAGCAGUAGUACCAAUCACCCAACUGCAUGGUGCCCUGGCAUCUGACCUCCAGCUCACCUCCAUGGCACUAAGCUCAACUACAGACUGCAAAUAACCUGCAGGUCCCACUGGUCUGUAAGCUCCAGGUAAGCUAAGUCUGGAUUAUUAAUCACAUUAAAAUCCUCAGCUGUUCCCUCUGUUCCUGUCCCAAUUACUGAGUGUUUUUGCUGUGAUUAGAACAAAUGUUUAAUGUCUGGUCAUUUCUAUAUUUGAUAUAUUCCCUAUAGACUUGUAUCUAUGUUUAUAAGUCCUCUCACUUUUCUUUCAGUCAUUUUUACUGCUUUCUAAACUUUACUAAUUCUUAAGUUACCUCCCUUUUGACAACGUCUUUUAAUCUCAGCUCUUGAUGGAUCUCUUGUAUUUAAUAGAAUGUGUAUUGAUUGAGAGUUUUGAAAUAUUUCUUUAGGUGUUUACCAUUGUUUGUCAACUGACAAAUCUUUUAUUCUCAUUUCCCAAUCCACCGUCAUAAAUGCACCCCUUCAUAUCUACAAAACUGAGUGAACUCACGUUAAUUUCCAUGAGACCUGCAUACUGCGAUUAAUUGUAGUACAGUCUCUUUACACAGUGAAAGGUCCAACACCAUAGCUUCCCUAGUCAGUAUCACUGCACAUUGUUUAGGUGGACUUUACAGAUCAUCCUCAAAUUUUUAUUUUGCUUAUUUGACUUCCCUCAAUGUUUAUUAUAUUUCUCUUGUUAGAAGAUUUCCUUUAUUGAUUAAUUUUCUUUCCACUUGUCAGAGGGCAUAUAAGGACCCCUUAGUGGGUUUUUAUACUAUAUUUUCUCUUAUUUCCACCCAUACUGAUUCCAUGUGCUGCAAUUCUCCUCACCACUGUCCUUGUGUCAUCCUUUAUAACUAAUGCCACUCCAGUGAUGCUGGUUUCCUUCAAAAUCUGCUAGCUGGAAUAUGCAAGCAUGUCACUACAACCCUUUGUUCCUACUUACGCCAUAUGGAACUCAUUGGUCUGUUUGUCUCAGUACUACGUUGGUCAUCAUGCUUACUGACCAAGUCAUGGGAGAGCUGGAGUUUCUGCUUUCGCAAAAAAAUAAAUUUCAAUGAUAAUAAAAAAAUAUAUUUUGAAUUGUCAUCAGCUGUCCGGCAUCAUUAUUGCCCAUGCUAUAUCAUGAGCAUGGUAAACCCAAAGAGGGUUUGUUAUUGGAUUAACAGGGUUAACUUGGCAUUAUUGGGUGUUCUUUGAUAAGAUAACCAGCCUGUCUGAUACACGCCUCGCCAUUCCAUGUAAAUCUCGAGCAUUCCAUCUAUCACACAACAGGUAGGUCGGGUUAUUAACAACUAUUUGCUUUUCACCUUUGUUAAGGUAGUUCAGGACAAAUGUAAGAGUUCUCUUUCUUUGAUUACAAAGGACCAAAAGAACACAAGUACAGGUGGAGGUGGCUGAAGAAUGCAGCUGGCAGUGCCUUCUCAUGUUGAGAGAUUGUAUGCAGGUGGCAUUUUAGCACUGCAAGAAUGCAAUUACACUGCACCUUCAAGCUGCUGUGAUGCAGGGCCAUAUUCUCUCUUCUGCAAGAAUGCAAGGCAGGUGAUUUGACAUUCGCUAUGUACCCAUGUCUUAUUGUACCUGAAACCUGAACCAAACUCCUUUAUAGCCUUUGUAUGAAUGAGUAAAGGCUGCCCAUCCCAAAACACCACUCAUUCAGAAGGUCCCAUGAUGUUAUUUGGAUUUCGGUUGUAUAUAUGAAUGGGCUGACAGCACUGGGGUUGUCUAGGAAGAAGAAGAGGCCAAGUCUUACUGGAUUUUCAGACCUGCCCUGCUCUGGAUUGUCCUCUUGUCUAUUCCUUCUUUGGGUGGGCGGAGACCACAGACAAGGUCCCAGCUUCUUCUCUGUAUGGUCAGACAUUAAGUGAAACCUGAAUCUCCCUCUAAAGAGGUUCAGUAGGAAAGUUUAAAGCUGAGAUGAUAGAUUUCUUCAGGUGCUAAUCAGCUAUGAUCUAACUGAAUGGUGGAUAAGCUCGAGAGCCUCCUCUGACAAUCAAUAUUCUUCAUUACAGAAAGCCUGAGACAGGUAUCCAUAAGGCUGAGCAGCGAAAUAGGUGGAAUUUGACAGACACUCAGUAGCAACCGAGCACACCUGUCCAAAAGAACAGAGUGGGGACAGAGAGUGGGGCAAUUUGGAGAGAAAGCUGACAGUCCCCAAACCACCCUUACUGUCCCCAGCAGAACACAUUCAUCAACUCACAGCAUGCCCAGUGCUGCACUCCACACCACCCAAAGCACCAUCUCUGUAAUUAAACCCAUUCCAGGCACAUAUCCUGCCAACGCCAUAGGAAACAGAAGCAGGAAAAUCCAAUCAGCACCUAGAACCUGUCCACCAUAUAGUCAGAUCAUCCUGGUUUCUCUCAAGUGUUGAAAUCUAACCUGCAUCCACCACUUCUGCUGGCAGCUCAUUCCACACUCUCACCAUCUUCUGAGUGAAAUUCCCCCUCAUGCUCCCUUUUAAUAUUUCAUCUUUCACCCUUAAUCCAUACCUCUAGUUCUAAUCUCACGCAGCUUCAAUGGACAGGGCCUGCUUGCAUUUACCCUAUCUAUACCCCUCAUAAUUUUGUAUACCUCUAUGAAAUCUUCCCUCAUUCUCCCAUGCUCCUGGGAAUAAAGCCCGAAACGAUUCAACCUUUCUCUAUAACUCUGGUCUUCAUUUUCUCUGUACUCUUUUAACCAUAUUUGCAUCUUUUCUGUAGGUAGGUGACCAAAACUGCACAUAAUACUCCAAUUUAGACCUCACCAACAUCUUAUCCAACUUCAACAUAAUAUUCCAACUCCUACUCAACAUUUUCAUUUAUGAAGUCAGGUGCAUCAAAAUUUCUCUUUAUGAUUCUAUCUACCUGUGACACCACUUUUAAGGAAUUAUCCAUCCAUAUUCCCAGAUCCCAAUGUUCUGCCACCUCCUCUUGCUCUACCGCUCACUGUGUAAGAGCUACCCUGAUUUGUCCUCCCAAGUGCAACACCUCACACUUCGCAUUAAAUUCUAUCUGCCCAUUUUUUCCACUUGAACCAGAUCUUGCUGCGAGCUUUGAUAGUCUUCCUUGCUGUACACUACACCCCCAAUCCUGGUGUCAUCUACAAAUUUGCUGAUCCAGUUAACCACAUUAUCAUCCAGAUCAUUGAUAUAGAUAACAAACAACAAUGGACCCAGCACCGAUGCCUGCAGCACUCCACUGGUCACAGGCUUCCAGUCAGAGAGGCAAUCCUCUACUACCACUCUCUGCCUUCCAAUUUACUACAUCAUCUUGAAUGCCAAACAAAUGAACUUCUUGUCCAACUUCCCAUGUGGGACCUUGUCCAAAGUAGAUAACAUACACAGCCUUUCCUUUAUCAACUUUCCUGAUAAAUUUCUUGAAAACGCAAUAAGAUUGGUUAGAGAUGACCUACCAUGCACAAAGCCAUGCUGACUAUCCCUAAUCAGCCCCUGUCGAUCCAAGUACUAAUAUAUCUGGUCCAUCAGAAUACCGUUCAAUAAAUUACCCAUGACUGAUGUCAGAUUUCCCAGCCUAAAACUACUUAUUCUUAGAGCCUUUCUUAAACAACGGAACAACAUAAUCUAUCCUCCAAUCCUCCGGCACUUCACCCAUGCCUAAAAACAUUUUAGGUAUCUCUGCUAGGGCCUCUGCAGUUUCUGCACCAGCUUCCCGCAAAGUCCAAGGCAACACCUUGUCAGGUCCUAGGGAUUUAUCUACCCUAAUUUUCCCCAAGGCAGUAAGCACCCUCUCCUCUGUAAUCUGCAUAUGGUACAUGAUCUCACUGCUGCUUUGCCUCACUUCUAUAGACUCUGUGUCUACCUACUAUGUAUAUAGAGAUGCAAAAACAAUCCAUUUAAGAUCUCUCCCAUAUCUUUCAGCUCUUUGACUAGAUAACCACUCUGAUCUUCCAGAGAACCAAUUUUGAUCCUUGCUAUCUUCUUGCUCUUAAUAUACUGUAUCUGUAGAAGCCCUUUGGGAUUCUCCCUCACCUUGUCUACUGAAGCAAACUCAUGUCAUCUUUUAGCCCUACUAAUUCCCUUAAGAGUUUUUUUGCAUUUCUUGUAGUCCUCGUGUACCUUAUUUGCACCUUCCUGCCUCUAUCUCCUUCUUUUUCCUUAAACAGGGUCUUAAUAUCUCUUGAAAAACCAAGGUUCUCUAAUACUAUUUCCUUUGCAUUUUAUUCCAUCAGGAACAUACAAAUCCUGUGCUCUCAAAAUACCACUGUUGAAGGCUUCCCACUUACCAAGUGCACCUUUGCCAGAAAACAUCCUGUCCCAAUCCACGCAACAUACAUCAAAGUUGCUGGUGAACGCAGCAG